UCCCCAUGACGUAAUCUGACGUUCCUUGUCAGAAACCAGGAAGUGGAUCGCUCGCUGUUGUUUGUGUUCGUUGGUCGACAAUUGUCUCUGUUUUUCUGACUGAACAUAUCGCUCACACGGGCCGAAAUGGCAACAUUUAUUUCAGUCCCGUUGAAAAAGUCCUCUGAAGUGGAUCUGGUGAAACCGCUGUCGAAAUUUGUAACAGCCACAUAUCCAGCGGGCGAGGAGCAGGCUGAAUAUAUCCGCGCCGUUGAGGAGUUGAACAAGCUCCGCAAGAGCGCGCUGGGAAGGCCGCUGGACAAACACGAGAGCUCCCUAGAGAUAUUGCUCAGAUACUAUGACCAGCUGUGUGCUGUUGAGCCCAAGUUUCCCUUCUCUGAAAACCAGCUCUGCUUAACUUUCACAUGGAAGGAUGCCUUUGAUAAGGGAUCACUGUUCGGUGGCUCAGUCAAGCUCGCUUUGGCCAGUUCGGGCUACGAGAAGACAUGCGUGUUGUUCAACGCAGCAGCGCUGGCCAGUCAGAUCGCCUCAGAGCAGAACCUGGACAAUGACGAGGGACUGAAGGCUGCAGCCAAAUACUAUCAGCUGGCCAGCGGAGCGUUUGGGCACAUCAAGGACACAGUGCUAUCAGCGCUGAACAGGGAGCCCACAAUGGACAUCUCCCCUGAAACUGUGGGCACCCUGAGCCUCAUCAUGCUGGCCCAGGCCCAGGAGGUCAUCUUCCUCAAAGCCACCUCAGAUAAGAUGAAAGAUGCUGUCAUCGCAAAGCUGGCUAAUCAGGCAGCAGAUUUCUAUGGCGACGCCUUUAAGCAGUGCCAGUACAAAGACAACCUUCCCAAGUAUUUUUAUUUUCAGGAAGUGCUGCCGGUGCUGGCGGCCAAGCACUGCAUCAUGCAAGCCAACGCAGAGCUGCACCAGAGCGUUCUGGCCAAGCAGAAGAAGCGCUUUGGAGAGGAGAUCGCUCGCCUGCAGCACGCUGCAGAGCUGGUGAAGACAGUGGCGUCUCGCUAUGAUGAGUAUGUGAGCGUUAAGGACCUGAGUGACAAGAUCAACCGGGCCCUCACUUCAGCCAAAAAAGACAAUGACUUUAUCUACCACGACCGCGUGCCAGAGGUCAAGGAUCUCGAACACAUCGGCAAGGCAGCGCUGGUCAAAGCCACCACCAUCACACCUCCACUCAGUCAGAAAUUCACAGAUCUGUUUGAGAAGAUGGUUCCCAUGGCAGUACAGCAGUCCAUGAGCAUUUACAACCAGAGAAAGGCUGAGACUGUUAACAGACUGGUGGGAACCAUGAGGGAAGCCACCAAUCUCUGCAACGGGGUGUUGGCGUCCCUAAACCUGCCAGCUGCUCUGGAGGAUCUGUCAGGAGACUCCAUCCCACAAUCCAUUGCUGAGAAGGCUCGGGCUGUCGUGCAGCUGGGAGGACUGCAGAGCAUCGAGCAGCUAAUCAAAGACCUGCCUGAGCUUCUGACCCGCAACAGAGAGAUCCUGGACGAGUCUCUGAAGAUGCUGGACAAUGAAGAGACAACAGACAACGAGCUGAGAACCAAAUUCAACCAGCGCUGGAACAGAACCCCCUCUGGAGACCUGUACAAGCCCCUUCGUUCAGAGGGAGCUAACUUCCGCAGCAUCUUGGACAAGGCCAUACAGGCGGACCAAGUUGUGAAGGACCGCUACAACACCCACUGUGACAUGAUCGCCCUGCUGUGUAAACCAGAGAACGAGCUCAAUGCUGCCAUCCCCUCCGCCAACCCGACCAAGACGCUGCAGGGCAGCGAGGUGGUGAACGUGCUGCGAUCCCAGCUCGCCAAGCUAGACGAGAUAAAGAAGGAGAGGGAGACCCUGGAGGGAGAGAUCAAGGCCGUGACCUUUGACAUGUCUGUUACCUUCCUGACGGCGCUCGCCCAGGACGGGGCCAUCAAUGAGGAGCAGCUGUCACUCGCCCAGCUUGACCAGUUGUACGGUGCCUAUAACCAGAGGGUACAGGCCAGCCUCCGCUCACAGGAAGAGCUGCUGGGACAAGUUCAGACUUCCCACCAGGAGUUCAGCAGUCUGAAGCAGUCCAACACGGAGGCCAACCAGAGGGAGGAGGUGCUGAAGAAGCUGGCUUCAGCCCAUGACAGCUACGUUGAGAUCAGCAGCAACCUGCGCGAAGGCACUAAGUUCUACAACGACUUGACAGAAAUCUUGAUCAAGUUCCAGAACAAAUGCAGUGACAUCGUUUUCGCUCGCAAAACAGAGCGGGAUGAACUACUUAAGGAGCUGCAGCAGAGCAUCGCCCGAGAGCCCAGUGCUCCGUCCUUCAACGUCCCUGCCUAUCAGAGCAACCCAGCCGCCCCCGCCGCCGGCCCUGGCCCAACCCCUGCACCCAGGACUGUCUUUUCCCAGCAGCCUCCACAAGCCCAGCAGCAGCCCCAGUCGAAGCCUCUGCCCCCAGCCAGGCCUCCUCCACCAAACAUCACCCCUCAGGCAGCGUCCAGCACUCCCUCCAGCACACCAUCCACUGGCCCUCCAACCAACAACCCACCACCUAUGGCCCCACCCUCCCAAGCCCAGGGCCCACCUUACCCCACCUAUCAGGGCUAUCCAGGGUUCUUCCAGGUGCCUAUGGGCUACAAUCCCUAUGCUUAUAACCAGUACAACAUGCCCAGCAUGCCCUACAUGCCAUACCAGGCUACUCCAGGACAGGGAGGGUACCCAGGAGCUCCACCUGCUGGACAGCCUUACCCCGGCUACCCCGCGCAACCCCCUCAGCAGCAGCCCUACUACCCUCAGCAAUAACUCUCCUCUCCAUCCUGUCAUUCCUCUUCUCAGCAGUUAACACCAAAUAAAAAAAAUACCCCCAGCAAUAACACUUCAUCCUCGUGAGCUGCCUCCCCUCUCUUCUUUUGUUUUCUCUCAGCAGCCAUAGAAACCCAAGUGAAGGGUGGCGUCAGAGCUGCCUCGCACUUCCCUCUGAACCCCAUCAUUACUUUGUCACUUCCUUAUUCCCUUUUCGUUUUCAUCUCGCCCUCUGUUUUUUUUUGUUUUUUGUUUUUUUUUUUUGUUUUUUAAUCUUAGAUCAUGUUUUCUGGUUUCUGAUAGCACUUUUCCUAAAUUAUCACAACUUUCAUCAAUGCACUAACCCCUUCUUUUGCCUGUUAGGUUACUUUUUUAAAUGUACUCAUUCUCUAACGGUGUAAUUUAAACUGGUUUCCACUGAAUUACUGACUCUUUGACUUGGCUGGACUGCUGUACAACACUCAUGGAGGCGCACAGAAUCCUAAGAUGUUUCCCGGUUUGGGUGUAUGUGUGGGCGUGGGUAGAUGGGUGGUCAUUACCAGGCAUGCCACUGAUGGGAGGGCACAGUUACAUCCUCACUCACUACACCCACUUAAUCAACCCCCAGCGCUUCUCAACUAUAUUCCUAUUUUUGUAAUGAAUACUGAUGCCUCGCUGAUGUAUAAACCUAUAUAAAAAAAAAACCGAAUGGCCUGUAGGUUUUCUAAUGUAGAUGACGACUGUUCAGAUUUCUGGUCUCUUUCUUUUGCUUUUUAUCUCUUCUUUCUCUCUCACCCAGGGAAGGUUGGUAUAUUUCUGUGCUACAAUCAGAGGUUGUACAAGUGGGAGACACGAUUCUAUUAUAUAAAUAUAUGUAUAAAUAAGACUCUGUAUGUGGUUAACCGAGACACUUUGUGUACUGCACUCUCAUGCUCUUUGUGUUUAUUUUUAUUCUUCAGCUCUAAUGUGAUUAAAAACAACUGCCAGCCA